AUGGAGCCCCAGAGCGAAGCUGUUAACCGUAUCCUCGCCGGAAUCGAAUCGGUGGAUGGACUCACAAAGGAGAUCCUUGCGAAACUGCAAGCGGAACACGCGGGGCGAGUUGAUCGUUCUGACUACGAAAGAUGGAGCGAAAAGCUCGAAUGCUAUGGCGUCGAAUAUGAUGCCCAGUCGGCAAGACUGAUCAUCAAAGGCCAUCCCCACCCCGCGCAUCAAGGACCAUGUGUAAUCAUGAGCCCCUGGUUUCAUCAAGUCGCAAGCAGUCUGUCUGUACAUGGGAGCCAUUUUGUCCCUGCUGGAGCUCAAAGUAUCGACCUCUCUGGCCCGUACGAAGGAUCCGAAAAGGCGCCCGAUGAUUGCAUUCUAUGUCCCUUGACGGGGUUCCCUCUCAUUGUCCUGGAGGUGGGAAACUCAGAAACUAUGGCAGACCUCUUUAGGGACGCGGAGCAUUGGUUAAACGGCACCCUUGGAGUAACUGAGUUGGUCAUUUUGAUCAAUAUCAAACAGAAACGGCCUCCAUGCACCUUGGACCCCUCCUGCUCCUCUUCUUGGGGUCUGACCCCAGACCAGAUCCGAAACAUCGGCAGUGUUACCGCCCUGUCCAACCACAUAGUCCGGUGGUAUCGGGAUCAGAAUAUCCCUUUUGUGGAGAAAUGUAAAGCAGAUGUGUACUUUUGUUCAAAGGCCAACCCACGUCCAGGCCAGCCCAUUUGGUCUUGUGACUUGUCGCCCGACGAUGAUGAGGAGUCUGAUGGGGGAACUUUUGUAUCCCUUCACGAGUUCCUGACAGAGGACCAUCAGCUGUGUCUACGCGGAGUUCGAGUCCCGCUACCAUUCAACCAGAACUUCCAGACUACCAUGAAGACAUUUCUUCAACACGAGGAAAGAAAGAAAGCUGUUCAGAGAGCCAGGAAGAAGUUUGCCGAACUUUGA